ACCGGAUUUCGUGGAAUUAGCCGAGCGAUCCGAGACCCUUAUAAUACUAUAGUCUCUCGAACAAGUACACCCCAGGGGGGUUGUACUUGGCCAUGCAGCCACUAGCUCAGGGGGCUUGGUUGCGAUGUGCUGAGUAGGCCUUCGUUUUGUGGAAGGAAGCGCUGAAAGACUGCAUGGCUGACUUGCACAUGACCUUGGUUUCGGCACUUCUAUAGACAACCUUAACGGUGGGCUAAUUCAGGCUUAUGGAAGACCCUAAUCACCGCCUCCGCGUUACCUGGGAUCGCAGGGAACGAACGAUCCCUGCCAUCGCAAAAACGCAAUAUGGUGACCAUCGCACACUUCUUCCACUUGUUUCUCCUUACUAUCGGACGAGCAACGCUCAUGCGAGGUACUCACGAAUAAGGCGAUUCGUUUGGAGGGUCGAUUAUACCAUCAUGUCAUGUAACGUGGCAUGGGAGUACCCUGAGAUCCCAACAGACCCCUCGUUCCUUCAUCAUGAUUAUUCUGACUAUGAUAUGGAUGCCGAGUUCCGGCUAGGGGAGAACGAAUGGACGUUGCGCGCCCAGUUCGUGCGGCAUGACCCCCAGGCUGUGUUUCAUCGUGCAUUCGUUCGGCCCUACGUCAUGGAUGGAUUUGGCUUUUCUUUUCUCCAGGAUUCCAUGCCUGCCAUCACCCCUCAUCGGACGAUGACGCACUUUCGACAAGUGUCCCCCUCGUGGUUGCAAAGGAUACAGGACGAGUGGAACGUACAGCGAAAUCGCAUCGACAUAUUGGAACGACUAUAUACCAAGUUCCCUGGCUUGGCGUUGCCUGUUUCUUUGAGCCAUGAUUGGCACAACCCAAAGGAGAUCGACAGGCGGCUGAGCUACUUGGCGAUUGCACGUCAGGACUUCCAGAUUAAAUUCACAAUAGAAGAACUUUAUCGACGGUUCAAGGAUCUGCAAGGGUGGAUAGAACUAUCGCAUCGAACGUUCCUGGUCGCACUUGCCAUCAUCACUGGCCAUUGCCUCCCGUCAUUCCCUACCUCGAGGUCCAUGCUGGGUGCGAUCUUCGAUGCUUCGGAUCGAAGCUUUGUCGCUUUCGCCAAGGCAGCAGCCUUCCUUGGAGCUCCGGCCUGGCUCGCUCGCUGCGAUCCACCUUGCCUCUCGACUUGGCCGACAGAUGCCAUCGAGAGUACGGAGGAGUGGAGGGAAUGCCUGGAGAUGGCCAAGGAAGAAGCUCCUUCUGCUCCUGAAGAGCUGGCCCACCGAAUUCUUCUGGAAUCCUUUGAGAAGGCCAUUCUUGGGGGUCGUUUGCCUCCUAUCAGCACUCGCUACUGGAGACGAAGUGGUCAUCCUUCGGGUCCAGAUGGUCAGGGAAUGUGGUACCAUGAAGGGGAUUCAAAGAGGUUUUCGGGUGCGUUGAAGGAGUGCAUGAGGGCCUAUGGGGCCUUCUUGGAGGAGGAAUUCUCCGUUGACACCCUGUACAAAGAGUUGGUGAGGGUUUGCAGCCCUGUCCUGUCGAGUACGCUGGUAGCGAAUGGAGAAAGCGUCAUAGCACCUGUAACCAUGAGGGAGAGUGCCUGUUUUCUCAUGCGAAGGGGUCGACAAAGGGGUUUCCGUGUGUGGAUGCCGUUGGAAGUCAAGUUGGAUGACGAGCUAGAGGAAGAUGAGGAGGAAUGGGCGAGACGAACGAUGUUAGUGGAGGAGGACUUGUAUCCUGAUGGGGAGAAUGAAUUAUGUAGUGAAGAGGACGAGGGCUUAUUGUACCUCGAUGGGGAGGAUGAAUUAUGUGGUGGAGAGAAGCAUCAGGGCGUAGAUGAUUCAGGCAUGAUAGACUGCGAUCCCCCCACAUCAUCAUCUCAAGUGUCGUUACGGUCGGCGCUUCCCCGAUCCCCCAACAUCCUAGUUGUGGAACGUGCGGAAGCAGAGUAUUCAAUGGAAGUGGACUUGAUGGCAUGGAAAGGUUAUGAAGGGAACGCCCAUGGAGGUAGAGUUAACGCUGUACCGUCGGUACCACCCACGCGCCACCCUAUGGGAUUGGGACGAAGAGCUACAAGAAGCAUGUUUUGUCUUCCCAUCCAAGAGCGAUGCGCUACGGGUCUAUAAGCAUCAGUUCAUGGCUUACAUGAUAUUCGCUGGGGAAUCUGCACCGAUGGCUGGGGUCAAGGACCCUGAGCGACAUUAUCGUGAAUGGACGAACCGUCCUACUCGAAUCCUCGAGGCUCGACG